AUGGAUGCGGCAUCAAGGCGCAGCCAGCGUGCAACAGGCCGAGUGGGCGCACGAAGGAUAACGGAGGCGUACUCACAACCCCGCGGUCUCAUUUUUGGCAAGCGGAGCGUUGGGGCUGCGACGGGGGUAAAUCGAAGUCAAAAUACAGGUGGAGAGCCGGAUAUUCAAACGUCGUCGGUGCGCGGUGGACUAAAAGAGAGCGAGAGGAGACAGGGUGCGGGUUCAUCGGAGAGCCAGCUGCAGUGGGGCGGUGUGCUGUGUGCUUCAUCGGGCGGGGAGGCCAUGAUGCAGGAAAAGAAGAGAGCGGCGGCGGCGUUGGUGAACGGGAUCGCGGGGAACGGGAACGGGCGAGCUGCUGCUUCUUCUGCCGUGGAAGGACAGGGGCUGUCGAGCACCAAAGCUGCUGGGCCAACGUUUCAAGUGUGGAGCAGGGACAGCCAUGGGUAUUGCACCGAGUGCGAAGACACGAGGGCCACGGUGUUGUGCCACGAGUGCGACGAGGCCUACUGCUCCCUGUGUUGGGCGGCGUUGCACCGCAGGGGGGAGAGGGCCAAGCACGAGACCAUUCCGCUGGGGAGCGAGGAAGAGUUAGCCCCUCCGCCGGAGGCACUGGAGGAGUCCGGUUGGCUCGCCGGCGUCUGGCCUUCCCACCGACCCCGCGCAUCACCACACCCGGCAAUACCAGCGCCAUCAUCAUCUUCGGCGGGAGCAGGGAUAGAAGUCGGAGGCGUUUCUUUGGAUAACGGGGGCGGGGGUUCGGCGGGGGCGGCGGCUGUUGUUAUCGCGAGAGAAAAUGGGAUUGGGGCCAUCGUCGGCAACGGCGCGGGGCCGGCGAACGGGAAGAGUGCAGAGGGAUGGGAGUGCGCUUCUGCGAAGAGAAAUACAGAAGCGGUUCCUGUUAUUUAUUCGGGUGCUCCCGCUUCGGCAACGGGCGCACGAUCGAUGACGGGGAACGGGGAACCGGCGGCGGCGAAAGGAGGGGCAGUGAUGUUGCCGGGGGGGCAGCCCAAGAAGGCUAAGCUGAACGGCAGCGCCUUGGUGGCAGCGGCAGCACCAGCACCAGCAGCACCAGAGGCAGCAGCACCGCCACAAACGCCAAAAAUUGUACCAUUAUCACCGCCAUCAACAUCGACAGGGGUAGAUAUAGAAGAAGGAGCAGCGCCGACUCCGGAGAGCAGGGCACAUCGCAGCGGUAACGGCAACGGUAGCGGUAGCGGUAGUAGCAGCGGUAGCGGUAGCAGUAGCGGUAGCGGUAGUAGCACCGGUAGCGGGGCCGCCUGCAGGCCGGACGGGCACGAGGGCCCCCUGUGUCCCUCCGGCAGUUUCUUCUCCAAGCCGCAGACGCCGCCGGGGUCUCCAACCGGAGGCGUUUCCAACGGCAAGAACGGCGCAGUCUCUACUGGAGAGACGAAGAAAAAAUCGCAGGGCGAGGUAGGCAUGCGCGCGAAAGUGGAGGUGGAUGUGGCGGGCGGGGCACGAGGGCAGGGUCGGCAUUCGCAGGAGGGCGAGUGUUCCGCCGCAGGUGGUACCGGCGGCGGCGGCGGCGGCUCGGAGAACGGUAGCACCCCAGCUGCAGGAAGGGCGGCCAACGGGGACGCGGGGCUGCUCGCGGAGGAGAGCACCGAGAACGGGCACGGGGAGAACAUAAAUAAUGGCUUGUCUUGUAGCGCGGCGGCUAAGGCUGGCGGGGAAGAAGCGGCUGUGGUGGCGGCACCAGCACCGACGGCGGGGGCAACAGGUCCCGAUGACAUGGAUGUCGACGCGCCGUUGAUUUCCCCGGCUGAGAUGGAAGCAGCGGCAGCGGGCGGUGGGACGGACGUUGAGGUCCCGCAUGCCUCAGCACCCGCGUCGGAGAAGCCCGUCGGCGCUAAUGGCGGAGGCGUGUCCGCGGGCGGUGAUGAGGCUGUAGGACCGGCCAGGGAGGCGACCAAGUCAGAGAAGGAAAGUCUCGUCGAUCUGUACCGCAGAUCGACCAACAUCCCCCUCCGGCUGGACCCUCGAGAAAGGGAGAUCCUUGGCGUGCUGGAGGGCUCGCUGCACCAUGUACAGUACACGGACGAAGUCGAUCGCAUCAUGCGGGGAGGCAGGCUGCCGUACGUGCUUAAGAACCUCGGGCACUUCUUCACGAGCGUGUGGGGGAUGUACAAGGCGUCGGGGGUAUCGCUGCCCACCUACUCCCCGCCCAGCGGCGCGGAGAAGAGGCUGCAGCCUCGGCACCUUCCUGCGUCGGUCAAGCCUCCUUCUCAGAACGGGGGCAGCAGGAGCGGUCCGGCCCCCUUGUCUGGGAAAGCUCGUGCGGCGAGCGGCGGCCGCAAUGGCAGCAGCAUUGGUGGCAGUGGUGCGUACGCGUGGUCGGCAGCUGGUGCCGGGGGGGGGAAAGCGCCGGCGGCAACGGCGGGCGGGGAUGGAGCCACCGGCUACCGGGAGGACUCCUUUGUCCACAAGCGGACGGGCUGGGGUUACACGCUCGACUGGGCGUGCGUCCUCAGAUCCUGCUUUGAGGUGGGGCGGAGACACAAGAUCUUGAAUCCGGAGAAGAUGCGGAGCACCCAUGGCAUGCUGAUGUGCAUCUUGAUGGACACGGAGCACCCGCUUGUCCGGGAACAGACGGGGUUCUCGUGCGUCCGGAGUAUGAGGACGGCGUUCGGGUUGUCUGUGUCGGCCAACCUUACGCGGCUCUUCGAGGACCCCGACCUUCUGACGGCAAGCCGGCCUGUGCUGCCGUGGGAGCGGGGCCAGAAGCUCCAGAAGGGUGGCAGGAACGUCGAAGAGAUAGCAUUGCAAGCGAAAGAGAAGGCGGAGGCUCGACGGCGCUUGGUUGGGAGACAUGGCUCCGGGGGGUUGGCGUGCGAGGUGACGCUUCUGGUGGAUUCCGUGGCGGACUCGAUCGUGUACCGGGAGAUCAGCACGAGACCCAUCAGGCGGAUGCUGUCCCUCCUGAAGAACAACUGGAGGCCAGAUAGAAUAGACGAUGCAAGGAGGAACGCCAACCUUGGCAUCAGGAGCGGCGAUUUCGGGGCGCGCCUGACGCACAACCACCAGACACAGUUCUACUUCGUCAUGCAGAGCCUCAUGCUGUGGCUGGAGGUGACCGACAACAUGCUGGAUCUGUGGGCGGCCGGAGAGAAGGAUAUGCUGGAAGAGGACAACCAGUACAGGCUCAGCAAUACGGGGCAGGGGCUUCAGAGAGGAGCGCGGCGAGUGGGAAAGCGCAUGAACGAGUAUCAGGUCCGGGUAGCCAACACCUGCGGGAAACCUUGGGUGGGCUCCGCCGUGGUGCACCUGGGGGACAGCUGCGUCCCCAACGCGCUGACGUUCCUCGACAAGUAUUCCCAAGUGCCAUGGAUUCUCAACCCGAUCCUUCAGGCUUUGGACUACCUGACAGACCUCGGCGAGGGAUCAGAUCCCGUGGUGCUGGAGUACGUCAAGGGCCGGUGGGGGACAGUCGAGUACGCCCAGCGCUACAUUCUAAGAAAUUUCUUCCGCUUCGGGUUCGAUGGAUCCGGCGGGGAUAACAACUACGAUGCGGGCAGCUGCGUGGACGGCCGGUUGACCAGCGCCUGGAACUGGUGCAGCAAGAUUGAGAAGAAGUCCUUCGUCAACGUCUUCAAGCUCAGCGGCUUCUCUGGCUUCGACGGAGACUUCAGCCGCUGAUACUUGCAGCCUUGUGUGAACAAAUCGCCUCGUGAUUUUUCUGCGGCGCGUAUGCAGUGUCCACAUAUGGCAUCUCGGUCCUCGUUGCGAUAUCUGAAGGUGAAGAUGCUCCGAUGCCCGGGUGGGCGGGUGUUGAUUCUUCUCCACGUAGUACGUUGUUGCAGGUGGCUUUACUCGCGUCGGCUGAGGUCCCCUCCGGCUGGUGCAGGCCAAAGUUCCCUUCAGAAAUGUUCAUGGAAAGCAAGACUCGAGCAACGUCGUGUAGGAAUUUCCAGACGUUCGUUAUUCUAAGGCCGUAUUUCGUCACUACCUGCAAUGUUGCGAAAAGCACACGGGCCGGCUGGAACUGGGCGGUUCACUGAGUUUUUUGGGACGUCGGGCAUGUUGCAGUACCGUCGUUAAUGUUGUCAGAGUUUGCAAAGCUUUGACGGCGGAACGUUGGCUGCGCGAUGGUUUGCGUGGCAUGUCUUCUACGCAGGGAGACGGCCGUACGAAGCACACCCAUGCCUCCCCCAUUGCCGAGCGCCUCCCAGACAGAUCCACGAAGGGUCGGUGGGAGUUGUGUGUUCUCUUUCAAUGCGCCAUGCGCUGUUCGUCUCUUUUUGCAAUCUUUCCCCAGGAGACAAGUGUUCAGAGAACUGUGCAUGGGUGGGACAGUGUAACCAUCAGGCCACACGGAGAGCCUUCGGCAUUUCCUGAACGUAACUUUGGCAGGUUUUCAUUGUGAAGAGCGGCCUUCACCGGAGGGUAUUCCGCAUGCUGGACUAUUCACUCUUUUCGCCGUUUGCGGAUGCAUGGCACUGUUUCGAUGGGUCCUCUGGUUGGUUUGCCUUUCCCCAACUUUUGUGUAUCCUGCAGGAGGAAUGCUUGCAUCCUACGCCGCCAUUAGAGCAGCGAGGGGCAAGGAUGUAUUGCACCUCAACUCUGCCCGCCAAAUAUAGAGCCACCGGUCUCUAUUACAAGCAUAAAUGUUGCUCUCCCGAUUUGCAUCCUGCGUUUGCCACAUUCGUUUGGGCGCGUGCACGUGUGGUGUGUUUUUAUGGAGUCUUGCCGGAAAAAAAAUGUGAAGUCAGAGGGCCCGCGCACUUCACGGAGUUGUCAGUUAUUGACAACGUUUGAUGCGCUCGUUGUCGCCCGCAUGUAGCAACGUAGCGAGCACCAGGUUCCAAAAAGCAGCGGUUUUAACAUUGCAUUAUCUGCUUGUUUUUUAUGUGUGUUCGGUGUCGCGUGGUUGGCUGGAGUCGGUCAUUCAGUUCAUCUUGUGCUGUUGAUUGGUGGGUAAGUGUUUUUGUUGCUUUCUGGGCCUGGACCGGCGGCAGUCCAUGCGGAAAACCUGCAGGUUUAUCGUGGGAGCAGACGAUGUGUUUCAAGCAAUUUCCAUCGACUGUCCUCAAAACGUUUCGUGAUAGUGCCAGCCGCGGAACGUCGACUUGAACCACAUAGGUUGGAUCGGUGACUGGAACGUGGUUUCCAGGAGACGACCUUCGGCGUAACAUACCGCCAAGGUCGAGCUCGCCUUUGGAUUUGUUGGGUUUUCACACUGCUAUGAACGGGCGACUUGUGAGUGCUGCUCACGCCGUUUACCAAACCGGAAUUAUUAUGACGGGUUCUCCUUCUCCCUGACGACGACACGUAACAACAGGGUGUCCACGGACUGAUGCAUGCAGUGUCCGUCCAGGUGUAUCGUUCUCUGCAGGCUGACACCUGGAACGCCACCUGCGCACAAAGAUAAUGUCGGAGCUCGGGCGUAGUCUAUUUACGUUUUGCAGUGCCGGGCGUGCCGACCGGGGCUAGCCUGCCAUCCCCACACAGGGGAAGAUGUGUAGUCUACUACCAUUGAGGGGGUAUUUUCCUCCGCGUGUUCCAAUAAUCUUGAUGGUUGGCCCUGUUGCGUAGUGCAUUUUCGGAGCAAAUGGCACUGGCAGUCAAGCCCCAUCAUGGUGUUUCCCUUUCGCACGGAUGAGGACCAUUUUCGGAGGGUAUAUAGAAGGAUUCCGCGGUUUAGCCAAUAUGUCUAUCAGUCGUAGACAAAGAGGCACACCGGAAAUGUGGUCGAUACUCUUUUAUGUCGUGUGGUUGUGGCUUGGGUCUUUACUCCUGGACUAUUUGGUUGUUUUUGGCGACGUGUGUUAUCCCGUCUGAAGAAAAUUCAAAUGGUGGUAUUAGCGGGGUUACGACUUGUGCGCCACAACAUCGUAAACAUCACAAAGAACACUAGU